AUGAAGCCCGGCGCGCGUGGAACAGCCAAAAGGAGCUCAUACAAUACUUUUGUGACCAUUAUUUGCUUCUCAGUUGGUCUGCUUGGUGGAUAUCUGAUCCUUGGAAGCCCUCGCACGGCGGAUCAUAUUGAAGCAAUUAACGCCGAUUCCCGAUUGGGUCAUGGUUCCCAUGGCUCCGUCAAGAAGGUUUGGGGCACUCGACGGGAGCUGUUGACACCCAAAAAGGCUUCGAGCGGCAUCAGCAGCAGCAGCAGCACGAUGGGUCACGGCUCCAUUGGCGGCUCGCUGGGGGAUAGUGUCCGUGGGUCCCUCCAAGGGGCCCUGGGACUGAAGGCCCCCGCCAAUGGGGCGGCCAACGGAGGGGUGCCCAAGGAGAUGGCGGCGGCUCUGAAGCAGCAGCAGUCGGACACUUCGGAACAGCGUGUCAUGACAGCGAAGGAGGACGCCGCAAAGGAGAUGGCCGCCGCUCUGAAGCAGCAGCAGUCGGAUAAGUCGGAGAGCGCCGCGCUCACCUCCAAGGCAACUGAAGGCAAGGAUAAGGAAGCGCUUAUGAAGGGUGUGUUCCCGGAUGCCAACACCUGGCCCAUCACCCCGGUCAAGGAGAAGAUGCCCGGCAACACCAUCCACACACUCUUCACCAGCAACGGAAGCCCCUACCAGAACAUCCAGGCGCGAAUCAUGGUUGGCACCUACCACAUGGUCCGCAAGAUGCCUGGGGGGGAGCGCCUGGUGGCCCUCACUCGCAUCCUGCACCGCACCGCGCCAGACGAGGUCAUGGACGAGAUCCCCACCUUCCUGGCUAAGCCCCUCCAGCCCGAGUGUGACAAGUGGUGCUGGUUCCCGGUGGCGGACCGGGCAAAUGCGGUGCAGCAGUGGAUCAAUGCGGCGGAGAAGGACCCGUCAAUGGUCAAGGCUCCCUGGUUGCUGCUCCUAGAGACGGACUACGUGUGGGUUAGGCCGGUACCGGAUCCGGGUGAUGCGUACGACCGUGCCGUACCUGGCUGGUCGUUUGGAUUCGACUACAUUGCACCUGCCAUCCCCAUCAUUAUCCAGCUGCUGAAGGAGCGCUGUCCGGAUUGCGAUCCCAAGAAUGUGCCCAAUUCGGGACCUGCGCCCGUGCUGGCUAGGUUCUCAGAUUUCAAGGCUGCCACACCGAUUUGGGAGGAGCUCAGUCUGUGGAUCGAGACCCACGAGGAGGCUAAGAAGAUGCUAGGCUGGGUUCGGGAGAUGUACGCCUGGGACAUUGGUGUCGCCGCCAACAAGCUCAACAUCCGCAACCUGGGUCCCCCUGCCUCGCCACUCAUUAGUCAGCCACCCCACGACCGCAGCUUGGGGAAUGCCUCCAUGUACCACUACACAUGGGGCACCAUUUACAAAAAGCCGGGCGUGGAGAAGGAGAUUUGGAUGUUUGACAAGCGGACCUACACCGCAUAUGAGCACCAGCUCAAGUUGCCACCCAUCCCGAUGCCCCCGAACUGGACCGAAGAUCUUACUCUGCAGGACGGCCUUAAAGUGACCAAGGAGCUCCACGACACGGUAGUGGACAUGCUCUCCCACAUGAAUCAGGCCAUUGCCCAGCUGCCUGAUCUGACGGAGAAGGUCAAGAAGCAGAAGGAGGCGGAGGCCGCGGCGGCGGCGGCGGCGGCAGCUGCUGCUGGAACCAAGACAACCUAG